CCCGAACGCGCGAGCACACCUGCCCAGCGCCAUAAACAAUUCAUGCUGCUCUUCAUUGAGUUCGCGUAAAGGUUGUUAUUUUUGUUUUUGUUCUGUUUUGUUUUUCAACUUGCUCUAGUACACGCUUUUUCGUUGAAGAAUUACUUCAAUUGCUUUGAGCAAAUCCACAUUCUUCGAACCCUUUACAGCAUCUUAAAAUGAUCAAGUUUGUUAGAAACAGAGCGUCACAAUUACUAUUAAAGGAAUCGGGAAAAAACUAUGUCGUUCCAAAAAACGUUUCCAGUCUUUUGAUUGAUCAAGGUUACGUACAACAAAGCUCCUCUGGCGUAUUUCAACUAUUACCGCUGGGUUUACGAGUAAUGGAUAAUAUCUCUAACAUUGUCCAUCAGGAGCUGGCAGGAUUAGGUGCAAUACGUGUCUCGCUCGCCUCUCUGUCAGCAAAAGCCGUUUGGCAGCAAAGCAAGCGUUGGGAAAAAAUGGGAUCAGAAAUGCUUCAUAUACGUGAUCGAGCACAGCGUGAUUAUUGUUUGUGUCCAACACACGAAGAGGAAAUGACUCGGAUGGUAGCCAAUGUGUUUCACUCUAGCAAACAAUUGCCUAUAAGUGUCUACCAAAUCGGUUCCAAAUAUCGGGACGAAGCGAGACCAAGGGGUGGUUUGUUAAGGGCGAAAGAGUUUUUGAUGAUGGAUUUAUACACCUAUGACGCUACAAAAGAAGCCGCAGAGAAGACUUAUGAACGCGUCUUCCAGUCCUUUCACCGAAUCUUCCGGGCCAUUGGUCUUCCAUACACGGUCGCUGAAGCACAACAAGGUACUAUGGGCGGGGCUUAUUCACAUGAAUUCCACUACCUGAACGAGGUGGGAGAAGAUGUUGUUCUUCGGUGUCCACAGUGCUUACAUGCGGCGAAUACUGAUGCGUACCACGGAUCAAUAGAUAAAUGCGUCCACUGUGGAGGCGAGCUAUUGCAACAAAAAUGCAUCGAGGUUGGCCAUACGUUCAAUCUGGGUCAGACAUACACACGACCAUUCCAACUUUGUCUGUCUAAUGGAGAUGCACUGUAUAUGAAUAGCUAUGGAAUUGGGAUCUCACGUUUGCUAGCUGCUGUUGCUCAUAUGACGCACGACGAAAAGGGACUUGUUUGGCCGACAGCUAUCGCCCCAUGGAAAAUCAUUAUUCUGCCUGCAUCUGACUCAAAAAUACCCGACGCAGAAGCGCUUUACGACUCCCUUGCUCAAACAUUUGGCGCAAACAACAUUCUUCUUGACGAUCGAGGUCACAAGUCUUAUGGUCGCAAAAUAAGGGACGCUGAACUCAUUGGCUUUCCGUUCAUCAUCACGGUCGGCGAGUCUUACACACGUGAUGGGUCAUUUGACGUUCUUGCUCGUGCCUCGAACACACGCUACAAACUCAAAGCUGCUCAAUUGCACACCGUCGUCUCGGGCAAUUUCGCCUAACCGGAUUCCCACUGCUUCCUUCUUGGACACCCUUUUAUCGCUUACCAAAUUUAACUUUAUUAAAGUUAUACUAAGCGACGAAAAACGCGCUCAUAAUCACACCGGAAAAUCAAUGACGAGGAAAUCAAGUUACUCCAUGACAUAAAGUUGACGACACGCGUUUCGUUAACGCGUACAUAAAACACAGAACUCUCGUUCAAACCAUUCUUUCAACUCCCAAACACACAUUCUCGAAAGUCAGAAAUAAUGGGAAUGUUCGGCUGUCGAGAGACAUCCAGCCUGCCCUACUGAGUCUUCACAAUGGCCAUAUUCCUUUAACGUCCUGACUAAAUCUGCCGAAGCCUUAUCAAGGAUGUAUUUUUAGCGAAUAAGACGUGCCUCCAUCGCGUGCUACAGUUCCUUUUUGGGUAAGACCCUUCUGCUGGGUAGGCCGGAGGAUGUGUAAAAACGUUAUCAUCCAUCCUCGUUAUUCCUGGAAACUUCUAAAAAUACAUUUGAGAAUCCAUGGUGGCUGGAUUCCCCUCUGAAGUCGACAUUCAUCGAAAUGUUGUGGUCAUUUUGUAGCUAAAAACAGAAGCUGUUGCGUUCUAAUUAUUGGGAACCGGUUUCUGAAAUAGUGUUUUCACCACACAUUAUGAACUACAGGCUACACGAAUGGACCGGCGAGAAAAAAAUCAUAAGCACUAUUGCAUUUGGUUUCCAUGAGGCUGUUUGAUGAAUUCCGUUUUUCAAUUGGAAAACUCGAGUUUCUAAGACAAUUGCUUCUUACCAUUAAUUGUCGGCAUCCCGGUCGCAUUCUUAGCGGAGCGAGCUCGGCUAUGAAACAUGCGCCGUCGUGUCCAAUUACAGGUCGUUUCUCUUUUUAGCCUCAAAACACUUCUGAGCGGAAUUCCUUAUCUAAUACCAGGUGGCUAUUUUGGUACCAAAAUGGCAACAGCAUCGCAAAUUGGCAUCAUCGUUGCUCCCUAGUAACUCCUUUCGUGGACAAUAAAAGCCCAGCUCUUGCCACCCCUUGGUCCGUUGUCUACCUUCAUCGACAAGUUUUACGGCGAACAACUCACCGUCC